AAGUUCCGAAAUUGAAAUCAAUAAGUGGUGUGCAAUGUUGUGUGCACAUGACGGUCGGAGCGAGACGGUGAUUAUGUCAAAACAAUCUGGUACAGUGCGCCGUUCUUAUUCGUUAGAAAUAAAAGUAUAAAUGGUCUUCGAGAAAAUGGCACGGAACGCGAAGAAGAAGCUGGCGAUAUUCGCCGGAACGUCCAAAUGUUUGAUAUACGCAGAAGCAAAAUAUUGUGCCUCUGAAAUGCCUGGAGAAUACUAUGAGUGAGUUCCAUGCACAUGCUCUAGGAGCGAGUAUUGUUGCGGUAUCGGUUGUUGCGUGUCACCUGGGCUACAUUUUCACCACUUAUGGUAUUAUUGGAUACUCGUCAUCAUCAUGUUCCUCGUAUGCUCCGGUGGUGGCUGGUGGUAUCGGUAUUGGUUACAAGGAAGGUACAGAGCGGCUGCAUCGGCGAUACCCGCCAGAUCUUCGAACGCACGUGCCCCGAACGCUCUUCGAGGAUCGGCGACGUGUCAGGGGCAGAGGGCUCGCAUCACUUACAACUCGGCGAGGAACACCGUUCUGUUGCAUCGGAUGUGGAAAGGCGAGUUCAGUGCAUGUGUUUCGUCUGCUCGAUUCAGACGCGUUUACCGAUCGAAUCGUGCCCGCAGGCCCUCAGAGGAACGGAACGGUGCCGGCGUACAACGCGAUCGGGAACGCGACGACGUCGGCUCAAUACCAAAACAUGAGCGUCAUGUUGAACGACGCGAACUGUCCAUAUUACCAAUUAUACGGGCCACCGCCGAGCUACGAGACCGUGAUAGCACAAACGCGUGGUAAGCCGUCGAGCCCAGCAUCGCCGGAAUCGACGAAUGCGCGGACUAACGCCCAAUCGCCGAGUAUCGCUCCGACGAGUUCGUACGUGCCCCAAUGUUUCUCGUACACCUGCAACUUUUCCGCGAGAUUGAACGACAGCCUGGACCACGCCGCUCGGUUCGCGAGCGGCGGGACGGGUUCCCAGCCGCGGGAGCCGCGGGAGGCUAUUCCAUUCACGCAUUUCCCACCGUACUGCGCGGUCACGGACGGGACGGUCACACAGACGUGUCUUCCUUUCGUGUAUCAGGAACCGUUCGUUCCCAGGAACGGGUUCGAUCGAGCGUACCGAGCUACCCCCGCGAGCUACGUCCCGUGUCCGAUGGAAAAGUCGUCGGAAGCUCCGGAAGCGUCGAGCGCGAACGCGGAGAGGUAUACGACGGUGAACGUCGACUGCGUAGCGGGUAGCAGCGGAGAGCAAGUCGUUUGGAGGCUGAACGAUUGUUCGAACGAGUCGACGGCGCACGGCGGCCAGUCGGGAGAGAAGAAUCGAAUGGUAUCGGAAGCGACGGCGGCGGCGGGUGUUCCUUCUCUGUUCAAGCUCGAGGGACAGAGCCACGGCAGCGACUCGAAGUCGGAUCUGAACUCGACCGAGGAUUCGUUUUCGGAGUCAACGAUCAAUCGUCGCGUGUACGGCGGUUCUUUAAAAGUGACCGGUAGGUACGCUGGGAAAGAGAGGUGCGAAGAAUAUUCCGUUCAAAGGCCGUUCUCGAAACUUUUGCCCUAUUCCUGCGACGGUCUUAUUAACACGGAGCCAGCCACGGCGCGCGCGGUGGUCGACGAAUCCCGCGUCGCGAGCUCUUUAGAGGACAGGGCCAACGUUAGCGUGAAUUCUUUCCAAUCGAAUCCAUCCAAUAAUGUGAUAUCAGCGUGUUCCGUUUCUGACUACGCGUCUUCCUCUACGGGGAACGUCGAGAGACUCGAGCAGUCUCGUUCUCGUCUCGCGAAUGCCAGUACAAAUUCUAAUCUUGAAAGUAAACGUAGAUUAGACAGGUCAAAAUCGUUGGACUGAGCGCUCACCUUACUACCUUCUCACACGAUAUAGUGCUUAUUCUUAUACACGUUGCCGACUUACGCGCGUUCGCGUGCGUCCGCAUUCAUCCGGUAUUGACGGCAUCGACGCGGACGGUACCGCGAAUCGCGCCGGAGGAGCGAUUCGCUCCGAGAAGUUCUGUCCUGUGUAAUCGGUCCGACGAUACGAAACGCCGCAUUGUUUCUUUCCAACAUUCAACGCGCACCGACCUCGAUUUAUUUCUGGAUCCCGAGCACACUCACGACCAUUUGGUGUUCAUCGGAUACCGCUCAUCUCUGGUACGAGUGUCUCGCGAUCCCGAGGGUUCCGCGAUCGGGCGUGUUCGAUUCGACGACGUUCGUAGACGGACACGGAGGCCCAGGCCACGGGACCACACACGCUCGACGUCGUUUGGUCGUCGUUUCGAUCGCGUACCGGUCACGGUUACGGGACAAUCUGCUGUUUCCACCGACGGUCGUUACCUCAACGUAGCUUAUGUUAACUGUCGCGUGACUCGAUGGGAUCUCUCGUUCUUUCGCAAUUACGCGAUACUGCCAGCAAUUUUCGGUGAAGAAUAAUAAUGUCCUGUUCGCUUUAGCGAUGAUGGUUCCGAGCUGUAAAACGCGUCACUCUUCCCCCUUCUACCCAUCCUUCCUCGAGUGAUCUCGACCGAUUCCAAUUACGCACAAGAGCGUCCUCCGACGCCGUACUUAAUCGUCCUACGUAUGCUACGGUACGCCAAUAACUCGUUAGCGCACCUUUUUCUAAUCUUCGCACGUCGUCGCACUUUACGAGCCACGGAACAGUUUUUAACGUGACUAACUCUAAUUAUUAGGUUAACGUUAUUAUACGUGUACUCGUUAUAUCGGACAGUUUCGUGCGUCCUUCUCGAAGAUGCUACGAAUCCUGAUUUUUCGAGAGAACGUCCUGUCCUUUCCGUGUUUCUCUGAUCGUGCAGAUCGUCAAGAUUCUCGAUCUCGACGAUGAUCUCUUCGAACCGCAGGAGAAUUCGAUGUAUCUUAUCUAAUUUUAAAACGAGAGGAUGCGUGAAUCUCUAAUCUCGAGAGUGAUCGAUGUUUACGGGUCGCGGUACAUCUUUUCGUUUCCAGGUUCAACUGUUAUUUUCUUAAGUCGAACGAGAAACGGAUCGCGCGAAUAAUUUCCGCGUCAUAUCGUAAGCAUAUCGAAUUUAAGCAUAUCGUUUGUAAGUUUCCGAUUCUAACGAUAAGUUCAGCGGUCCAAAGUAAUAGCGUACGUGCCAAUAUCGAGUCCGUUACGAUAAACGUGGGUAAGAGCGAAUGAAUCGAUCGCCUCGUCGUAGCCCGAGAGAAGAGCUGCUCGAUUUCAUCGGGCGAUCAAGGCGUCGGUUUAAAAAAGACGAGAGAAAAUUAUAUAAAUAAAUAUACGGAUAUAUACGUAUAUAUAUAUAUGCAUCCGCACGCGCCAGUGCGUGUGCAUCGUAAUGCACACUGUGUGCACAAUUAUUUUUUGUAACCCGGGCACGGACGAGCUGUUCGCUACAGUUCGUCUGAAUGACCGUUGCUACUGAUAAGGGUGACACACCGUUCGCGGGGUCUUCUAUAGAUUUAGAAGGCAGUAUAUUUUGUGUGCGUGUGCGUAGCCUGCGUAUCAUUAUAGCUUUAACGAUCGAUCGUCGAAUAGUCCGAACGAUUCUUUCACUGUAACGUGCAAUCAUAUCCGUAUCAAUAUGUAUACUAUAAGCUGUACCGUACCUCACGCAAAGGGACGUCUUUGCUGGAAUAAAGAUAAAAUAUUUAUUCA